AUGGUAACAAGAGAAUCAGUUAAUGAAAUGCUGGGAAUUCCAAUGAAUGGAAAAAGAAUUGAACAAACUGGUUAUAGAGAUCAUUCAGAUACAUGGUAUAAUAAUUGGGCUAUACAAUUUGAUGAUGUUUCAAAUUUGAGAAUGACACAGUUACGAAAUUCAAUUGUGUCUACAUCAUUAGCUGACAUGAAUUUCAAAAUGAAUUUCAUAGUUCUGUUUGUGAAUACUGUUUGUGAAUCAAGUUCAAGUGGUGCAUGCAACAUUAACAUAUUAAAGCACAUAUCAAGUGGAACUGAUAUCAAAAGUAUUGAUUGGUGCUCAUAUGUUUUGGAUUGCCUCAUCAACACGAGUAGUUCAUUUGAACCUUACAAUGAUAAAAAAUACUUUUUCGGACCUUCUGCAUACCUCGUGUUGUUGUAUCUUGAUAGUAUUGAUUCUGAUGAAUUAAAGGUUGAGCGUACAAGACCAGUCAUUUGUUAUUGGAGCUCAGAAAAGAUAAAAUAUCGUGAAAAUCUGGAAAUGACUAUUGGAAGAUUUGGUUUUGGAGAUAUAAAUCCUCCUUUUGUAAUAGUAGAUUGUAAACAAUCUUUUGUUGAUUUUGGAAGUGAUUUUGAAUAUAAUGAAGAAUCAAUUGAAUGUAAUCUCGAGGAUUAUGAAAUUCAAAUACUGAAGCUUCUAGAUCGUGGAAGUUAUUGCAAGAGAAAGAUGAUUUUAUUAGUUGAUAAAGCAAUAUCAAAGUUUCCUGGCAUACAAAGUUUACAAGAAUUAAAAAUUGUUAAAGAAGAAACAACUCAUGCUGAAAAAAAACAUAAUUUUGAAAAAUCAUUUUCAAUGUUUGAAGAAGGAUCUUCAUCAAAAGUUGAAGAAGGAACAUCAACAAUAAAUGAUAUGGAAAUUAAUUUUGGAGAAGAUGUAUCAGAUUCUCAAUUUUGGGACAAUGAAGAAAUUCAACAAGCUCUUCAAAGAGAUAUUGAAAUUCAAAUAGAGAAUUUUAAAAAAGAUAUGUCCAACACAAAAUGUGAUUAUUUUGAUAAUGAUGAAGACUUUUGGAACAAUCCAGAACUUUACAAAAUGGUUGAUUAUUCAGUUGAAACAUUCAAACCUAAAAAGAAAUUUCAGAAUAGUCCUGUGUUAUACUCUGAUAUUGAGAAUACUGAAAGUUCAAAAGAUAGAUUCAUGGAAGAGAGUUUGAGCAAAAAACAUAUUGUUCAACAAGAAAUUAGCGGAAUGCCAAGUUUUAGCCUAGUUUUGAAACAUCCUGUUGUUGCAAAAUUGAAGAUAGAAGAAAUGGAGAAUCACAUCAACCAUUGUUUAAGAUCACCAUACAGGUUGAUAGAGGUUGAAACACAUAAACGAGUAACAUGUGAUGAAAAUAUUGUGUGUGAUUGGUUGUUUAGCUGCAAAGGAGAACCAAUUGAUGAAGUUAUAAAAACAAAAAGAGGUGAUACUACAAUUAGAGUAGCAAUGGAGAGAUUACUUCCAUCAUUCGAAAUAACUGCAGUUGUUCUUGAUUGUUGGUUUGAUCAUCUUAAUUAUGAUGAAAAUGCUCGUCAUGCUAAUUCACCAUCAAGAGUUUUCUGUAAAGUGGCUACUACUGUUUUCUUCCCUGUUAUACGAAAGGAGAAUACUUUUCUAGUUGUAUUUAAUCUAAAUUCAACUGUUUACGAGAUUAUUGAUAAUGUUUCUGGAACUAUAAAUGAAGUCGUUUAUGAUCAUCUUGCAGAAAAUCUUAAAAAAAUGUUUACAAUGUUUUUGAAGGAUAUUCAACACUCCUCUGCUACAAAAUGUACUUCUGAAUCUAUGAAACUACAUAUAACUGAUUUGCCAUGGAAGACAGUAAAAGAAACCAAUGAUAAAGGAAUUUUUGCAAUGCGUCAUAUGGAAACUUACAAAGGAAAAUUAUUAAGGAAGUGGAACACUGGUUUGUUAGAAGAAGGUCCUAAGCAAAAGACUGUACUUAACAAGCUUAGAUAUAAAUAUGCUGCAAAGAUGCUGUUGUCUGAUUUGAACAUACACCGUGACAAAAUUAUUCAUCUUGCAAAUGAAUACCAAAAAAUACCCGAUAUUGAAAGAAAAGAAGACAUGAGGAAUGCAGUCUCAACUCUUAAUGAAAGAUUGAAAAAUAUUUAUUAA